AUGACCCAACUUGUUCAACACUUCUGGUGCUAUGUAAUUCGGUUUUCCACAUUUUGUUACAUUCCUGUAGGUGGCAAGGCCAAAGUCUCCUAUCUUCAUGAGCAUGUCUUCAGUGUGGAACAUGUUGCCCAGUUUGAGGUCCCUGUGUAUAACUUGCAGCUGGUGCAUGUACGCUACCCCUUCCACCAGUUGAGGCAUGUAGUAGCACACCUCGGGCUCCGUCAGUGUGCGUCAGUGCUUCAACAUGUGCACCAAACUCCUUCGGGCACAGUUCUCGAGGAUGAUGUAGACGUUGGCAUCAUUUUCGAAGUAGUUGUGGAAGCAGACGACGGGGCGAUGCCGCAGAUCUCAUAUCCAGACCAUGUGAUCAAGCUUACUGUUCGUGACCUAGGAAGAGAGGACUUGCUGGAAUCAGUAGCCAGACGAUUCCAUGAGAGGAUACUAGUUGGCCAGGGGAAGUAUGAACUGCUGAGUCUAUUACGUUGCCACGAUGCUUUUACUACCAACCCUGAGGAUGCACGCAUCCAUGCUGUUCCUUUGCACCAGUUUCAGGUCAGUGCUCACAAAAAGUGGAGUCAAGAACAGCCAACAAUCAGUAUUGUACUGACAGCAGAGUAUGUUGGCUGGUCCAAUGGUCCAUACAGCAGUCAGCAUGAGAAUGGAAUCUUCAUUGUGCCCUACAGUGAUCACUCAUCCUACCCAGAAUUGCUGGAGAUGGUGGCUCAGUUAGCACCCCGUCAAGUUGUACCUAUAGUGCAGCAGAAAUCCCCUAAAGGUUGGUGGGCAGAUUCAAAUGCUCCUGAUCAAGCAGUGAAAACGGAUAUGACCGUGUAUGACAAUUUCCUGACCUUCCCUCCACCGGAGCCAGUAAUAGUACCUGAGGCUAUAGUAGAUUUAAUGCGCAAGGGAGGCCCAUUUUCCUUAACCCACCAGCCUCGUCGGUGUGGCCUGCAUCGCGCUUUCACUCCCAGACCUAGAAGAACCAUGGGUGUAGUAUUUACCUCUCCUGAUCGCUCAUUUUCAUCACUUUCACAGCACACUGUAUCGCCUGCCCCUUCUUCAGUUUCUACCUUAGAUGUUAGUAUACCUGACACAUACACAGCAUACCACAGUGAUUUUUCACCUGUUGCAAAAAGCUCACCAGACUUAAAGUUACUACACUCUGUUAAUGGAAAACAACUAGAUAUACAGAAUCUCAAUGAAGAGGUUCCAAAGAAUUCAAAAUUGGAAGAUAAGCCUUCUCAGUCAAGAGUUUUGCCAGCUCCACAGUCUUCACUACAAGUAUCAAAUGCUACCUUUAAACAGUGUUCAUUCAACUCUGAUAAUGGAACGCCUUCCAAGAAACAAAAAAUUAGUGAAGUAUCUCACGAUCCAAAACCAAAUGGUGACCUCUUGUCAACUUUUUCUCCUGUAACUAAGUCUAGAAAUACAGAAAUCAGUUCUCUCAGUAGCAGCAGAGAAACCCUGAAGAAGCUUUGAGUAGAGAACGCAAGGUGUGGGUGAAGCAAGCUGUGUCGUUGAUGUCAGCUCAAUGUGAUCGACUGAGCAAUAAAGAGACUGCAGAAAAUUAUGAUUUCUCAACCUUGGCAGAUGAUACUUGGGCAGUGUAUAGAUCUCUUAACUAUCUUUUAGGUUUAAUGUAAAACUUGAAAUUACAGUAACACCCUUUUUACAAAUGUAGUCAAAAUAACUUUGUUUUGUUCUAACUUUUCAAGCUAAAUUUUAUGUUUGUGAUAAUUUAUCUCUAUAUAUCAUGUGUUUAUUACUAAAUUUAGAAAGAAAGAAUUUUGUUUUUCUUUUUAGGUCACCCUGUCUUGGCAGGAUACAACUGGUGUGUUAAAAAAAAAAAAUUGUGUUUAUGUGAGUUACAAAUAUUGCAAGUUAAAGCACAUACUGCAGCAUAAGUGUGAAAUGUAAACCUAGUAAAUGUCGUAUGUACACUCUUAGAAACUUGUACUCAUAUUAAGUAUAGACUUUUAUUUUCAUGUCUGUUUCUUAAUAUGGUACAUAUUUCAUGAAUAGAUGGAAAUAACUGGGACUGUAGCUAUGUUCCUGUCAUGUAGCAGGUUCAGUAUUGGACCUCCUACACAUUGGCACCACACUUCAAUUUCCCUGACCAUUCUUCUGUUUAUUCAGUGACGGUCAUUACACUAUGUCAGUGGAACGCCUUCCUUCUGAACAAAAUACUAAUGGAAAAAUAAAUAAAUAUAGAAACGACUUUAGGAAAAAUAA